GCGCCGCCGUCGCGGGAGGCGCCGCUCCCCCUCGGGCGUCCGGGGGAGCCCGGCGCGGGAAAAGGACCCGUGCGGGCCGCCGUGUCUGCGGAAGGGGGGGCCGUAGCCUUCCUCCGGCUGGCUGGCGGAUAGACCCCCGACCCCUCCUCGCAGGGAUGCCGGGUGAGGUCGCUCCCUCCGGGCAGCCCCUCCCUCCUCCGCUGUGUCCUGCCUGCCCCCUGCUGGGCGCCGGGGAAAACAGGCAGGCUGGUCCUUAUCUCCCCUACAGCUUCUAUCCCAGAAGUUUGUCUCUUGCGCAUGUUUGUGCUAGUCAUAUUUAAUACAUACCUACAGCAGAGAUGUAUGGAGUAAAUCAGUCUCAUUUACGCUAAUCAAUAGUUAAAAAUAAUUCUAAGGUUUAACACUGUUUAUUGUGCACUGUUUAUAAAUGUGUGUUCUAUGCACAAACUGCAUCAGAAUAUCUUAUGGUAUUUGUUGAAAAUGUAGAUUUUGGACAUUUUUACCAUUAUUUCAGAUGAUUCUUAUAGACAGUAACUUUCGGGAGCUAUUGACCAUCUAACUCCUUCUGAUAGAACUAUCUCGUUCUAUUUAUUUAAUUUGGAUUUAAAAUCAUGUUAGCUUCGACAUCUCAGUCCUGCUUUCUGUCGGUGUCCGCUUCACAUUCACAUUAACUCCUGGAUGAGAGAAGUGUCACUGUGUCUGUCCAAAAUGGUCCUUCACAUGAAUUUGGAAUUCUACCUUUCCUGUCUUCUCAGAUACUUAGUUUACUUACAUAGGAGUUACAAUAUACCAGCUAUGGAUUUAGGUUGCCAUAAAUGUCAUGAAUUAUUUAAUACUCCCAAUGGCCUGUGAUGUAGUCACCAUUAGUAGUCCAAUCUUAGGAGAAUACUAGUAAAAAAGAAAUAGGCACAAAGAGAGUAAGUAUUUUUUUGGUGGUCCAACAGCUCAUAAAGAAUGGAUCCAAUAUUUGAACCCAGGCACUCAGGCUCUAAACACAAUAUAUCAUGGUGCCUCUCUUCAGUUGUCACUCUUGUUCCUGCUCUAAUAUUAGUUGUACUAGAGCUAAUAUUAGUUGUACUUCUCUGUCACCAAUGCCUUUAGGCAGCUUUGUUUUAUAAGCUAAAAGUCCAUGAUUAUUUGUUGUGCAAUUAAUAAUUUUUUUGUUUACUGCAAGAAAUAAAUGGACAAUGUCUAAUUUCACAGAAUAUAGAGGCAAAAUAGAAUGUUGAGAAGUAUACAAAAAAGUAUUCCUUAUCCUGAAAUUAUGCUUAGUUGCUCUUUAAUAUUUCAUUUAGUGUCUCAAAUGAGGUAAGAGUUGUUGUUACGUGUUGGCAUUAGUCUGUCCCAGAUGAGACAGGAUUGUGUUUAAGCAUUACACGUACUCACAAUGAUGGUACAGGAGUGGUAUGCAUACCUCUCUCCUGAGCAUGAGAGUGUCUUCUUCAUGCGCUCCAGGACAGCCUGAAUGACUGUCAGAGAAACCCCACCUUGGACAGAGAGCUGGAAACAGUAUGGAACACUAUUGUUCAACACUGUCAUAACAAAAAUAAAGGGACAGUCAAAGCUCCAUGACUAAUCUCUGUCUCUUUGUCUCAUGAAACACUCUACUCACUGAGAGGGAAAUAUUCAAACUUUCCCACAUGUGGGACUCUGUCAGAUCUGGACAGAACCUCAAACAUCCACACUACUGGCUCAUUUCUCUGUAAGCCUAUAAACAAAAAUAAAACAUUAUAAAGCCUAGAAAUGUCCUUUUCUUCCAGUUAAAUAAAUCCUGGAACUAUAUCUUUCUCUAGUCACUAUAAAGGUAUUUCUGUUCUGCUUUAAGAGAGAGCUCCAUUCUUUACUGUUCUCUCAUGUCACUCCUCCUUCACUUGGACACCAUCCUGUGCAGAUGUCUAUUAUGGCACUUUUCUACUUAUGCUGCAAUAAGUGAUUAUUGCCUAUAUUUUCCAAAAUACCAUAAGCUCUUGAGAUAUAAUUACAGGAACUGGAAUCUGAGCUAAAGUGAUGUGUGCAUGAUCAAUUAUCCAGGAGAUAUCCUUGAAAGAAGGUGACCCAGAGUCCUUCCUCUUUUCUUCUUCUGCUGGGUAGAAGGCACAUGUGAUGGUUACCAUGGCAACUGAACCCAUCAUGAUGGCACCCAUUUGUCUAGUGGAAAACCAGGAAGAGCAGCUGAACCUGAAUCCAGAAGCAUUACAGAUUCUUAAUAAGAUUUCUCAGCCUGUGGUGGUGGUGGGCAUUGUAGGGCUGUAUCGGACUGGAAAAUCCUACCUGAUGAACUGCCUGGCAGGACAGAACCAUGGCUUCCCCCUGGGUUCCACAGUGAGGUCUACAACCAAGGGUAUUUGGAUGUGGUGUGUACCCCACCCCUCUAAGCUGAACCACACCCUGGUCCUUCUGGACACUGAGGGUCUAAGUAACUUGGAAAAGGAAGACCCUAAGAAUGACUCAUGGAUCUUUGCCCUGACUGUGCUUCUGAGCAGCACCUUGAUCUACAACAGCAUGGGCACCAUCAACAGCCAGGCCCUGGAGCAGCUGCACUAUAUGACUGAACUAACGCAGCUGGUCAGGGCAAAGUCCUCCUCAGACUACACUGGGGUAGAGGACUCUGCCAAGUUUGUGAGUUUCUUUCCAGACUUUAUUUGGGCUUUACGAGAUUUCACAUUGGAGAUGAAGAUAAAUGGAUACUCCGUAACUGAAGAUGAGUACCUGGAGGAUGCCUUGAAGCUGCUUCCAGGCACAAAUCCCAAAAUCCAAAAUUCCAACAUGUCCAGAGAGUGUAUCAGACAGUUCUUUCCAAAACGGAAGUGCUUCAUCUUUGACCGGCCUACAAAUGACAAAAAUCUCUUAGCCCAUAUUGAGAACGUGCCAGAAGACCAGCUGGACAGUAGUUUCCGGGAGCAAUCAAACAAAUUCCGUACCUAUGUUUUCACUCAUACAAAGACCAAGACCCUACGAGAGGGAAUCAUUGUCACUGGGAACCGGCUGGAGACUCUGUUGAAAGCCUAUGUGGUUGCCAUCAAGACGGGAGAAGUUCCUUGCUUGGAGAAUGUGGUGACAGCUCUUGCCCAGCGUGAGAACUCAGUGGCCGUACAGAAGGCAGCCGACCACUACAGCGAGCAGAUGGCCCAACGAGUGAGCUUCCCCACAGACACGCUCCAGGAGCUGCUGGAUGUGCAUACAGACUGCGAGAGGGAAGCCAUUGCAGUCUUCAUGGAGCAUUCCUUUAAGGAUGACAAGCAGGAGUUCCAGAAAAAUCUCAUGGACAUGAUAGAAAAAAAGAAGAAAGAUUUCUUGCUGCAGAAUGAAUACACAUCUGUUAAAUAUUCCCAGGAAAAGCUUCAGCAACUUACAGAGCCCCUGAUGAAAAGCAUCUCAACAGGAACUUUCUGUGUUCCUGGAGGACACAGUCUCUACUUAGAAGCGAAGAACAAGGUUGAAUGGGACUAUAACCUAGUGCCCAGGAAAGGGGUUAAGGCAAAUGAAGUUCUCCAGCACUUCUUACAGUCCCAAGUGGCAAUAGAGAAAUCCAUCCUGCAGGGAGACAAAGCCCUCACCUGUCAAGAGAAGGCACUCGCAGCUGAGCGGGCUAAGAAGCAGGCAACUGAGAAGGAGCAGGAGCUGCUAACUCAGAAACACAAGGAGCAGCUGCAAAAAAUGGAGUCUCAAGAGAGAAGCUUCAGGGAAAACAUACCCCAAAUGAGAGAGAAGUUGGAGAAGGAAAUAGAAAGCCUUCUGAGAGAGCAGGAAAAAGUGCUGAUGCACAAGCUGAAGAUACUAGAAGCUUCCGGUUUCCAGCGACAAAAAGCACAGAUUCCCUGAGGAUAUCAUUGUGUGUGAUGAUUUUUAUCAGCUGAAGAAUUGCAUCAAAUAGAUUGAUGGCCUGAAACUGCUUAAAGUCUGCAUUUCCAGGAACUCGAUGUGGUUUAGGAUAUCAUCAGUUUGGGGCUCCUUCUUCUUAUGCUUCAGGAUGCUAAAUGGGACUCUUCUGUUAGGGGUCCACUAAGUGUCCUGGACUGAAAACACUAGGUGCCAAAUAACUAAUUCCCAAGCAAGGUGCCACAUCAGCUUUUACAGUUAGGUUAAACUCAAGACAGUAGAAGAAAAAUAAUAUGAUUAUAUCAAUUAAUGAAGAAAAAGCAUUUGACAAAAGUCUAACACUCACUCGUGAUGAAACCUUUCACAAAUUAGGAAUAGUGGGGUAUUUCCUCAACUUGAUAAAGAAUAGCUGAAAAAAACCUACAAGCAUACUUAAUGGUGAAAAGCUAGAUGCUUUCCUGUAAGAUUAGGAACAAGGCAAUGAUGUCUGCUUUCACUUCUAUUGAACAUCAUGGAAGUCCUAAUGAAAUAAGAAAAGAAAAGGAAAGAUAUAUAGAUUUUUUUAUGUAGAAAGUCUCAAAACAUCAUCAACAACAACAAAAAAUUCCUGGCACUAAUAAGUGAUUAUAGCAAGGUUGCAGGAUACAAGGUUUACAUACAAAAAUCAAUUGCUUGCUUAUACAUCGGCAAUGAACACGUGGAAUUUGAAAUUAAUAACACAAUAUCAUUUAUGUUAGCACUCCUGAGAAAGAAAUACUUAGGUUAUACAUCUGAAAAAAAAAUAUGUGUAAGGUCUAAUGAAGAAAAUAACAACUCUGUUGAAAGAAAACAAAGAAAAAUCUAAAUAAAUGGGAACACUCAGUAUUGUCAAGAUGUCAGUUCUAUAGAUUCAAUAUAAUCCCAGUAAAAAUGCCAGCAAGUUAUUUUGUGGAUAUUGACAAACUAAUUCUGAAGUUCAUAUGGAGACGCAAAAGACCCAGAAUAUACAGCAAAUACUGACGGAGAAGAAAAUGUCAGAAACUGAAACUACCCAGCUUUAAGACUUACUAUAAAAUUAUAGUAAUCAAGACUGUGUGGCACUGGAAAAAGAAUAGACAAGUAGAUCAAUGGAACAGAAUAGAGGGUCCAGGAAUAGACUCACACAACUAUAGUUAACUGAUCUCUGACGAAGAAGAGCAAAUCAGUGGAUAAAGCAUAAUCUUUUCAAUAAAUGCUGCUGGAACAACUGCACAUUCAUAUACAAAAAAAAAAGGAAGGAAAAGAAAAAGAAUCUAGACACAGAUCUUACAAUUUUGAUAAAAAUGAAUUCAAGUUGGAUCAUAGAUCUAAAUGUAAAACAUAAAACUCCUAGAAGAUAAGAUAGAGGAAAAACCUAGGCGACCUUUGGUUUAUUGAUAACUUUUUAGAUACACUACCAAAAAUCACAAUCAAUGAAAAGAAAAUUGGUAAGUUGUACUUCACUGAAAUUGAAAACUUUUGAUGUUCAAAACACAGUAUUCAAAGAGUGAAAUGACAACGUACACAUUAAGAGAAAAUAUUUACAGAAAACAUGUCUGAUAAAGAACUGAUGUCCAAAAUACACAAACAACUCUUAAGACUCAAGAAUAAGAAAACAACCCAAUUUAAAAAUGGGCAAAAGAUCUGAACAGACACCUCACAAAGAUUCACAGAUGUCAAGCAAGCAUCUGAAAGGAUGCCCCACAUCAUAUGUCUUUAGAGAACCCUACAUUAAAACCACAAUAAGAGGGGCACCUGGGUGGCAUAGUCAGUUAAGCUUCCGACUUUGGCUCAGAUCAUGAUCUUGGCAGUUCGUGAGUUCAAGACCCGCUUUGGGCUCUGUGGUGACAGCUCAGAGCCUGGAGACUGCUUCGGAUUCUAUGUCCCCCCAUCUCUCUGCCCCUCCCCUGCUCUCUUUCAAAAAUAAAUAAACAUUAAAAAGGAAAAAUUCUAUCUUUUGGGAUGUGCACUGGGUGUUGUAUGGAAACCAAUUUGACAAUAAAUUUCAUAUAUUAAAAAAUAAAUAAAAAUUAAAAAAUAAAAAAAUAGAUAUUUACAUAUGUCAAAAAAAAGAAAAAAUUGUAAAAAUAAUUUUACAAAAAUAAAACCACAAAAGAUACCACUAAACACAAACCAAAAUGGCUAAAACCUAGAAUGCUGAUGACACCAAAUACUAGUAGAAGAUAUGAAGUGAUAAUAACUCCCAUUCAUUGCUGUGGGACUGCGAAAUGGUUUGGCCAUUUUGGAAGACAUUUUUGUAGUUUCUCCCAGUGCUUAACACUUACAUUCCGAUCCAGGGAUUGUGCUCCAGUAUUUACCAAAAUGAGUUGAAAACUUAAUUUACAAAAAACCUGCAUACAGAUGUUGAAAGUAGCUUUAUGUAUAAUUGCCAAAACUUAGAAGCAACCAACAUAUGCUUCAGCAGGUGAAUAGAUAAACAAAUUGUGAUAUAUCUGGUCAAUGGAAUGUUAAUUCAAUCCUAAAAAGAAAUGGGCUCUCAAGGCACGAAAAGACGUAAGCAGACUUCAGUACAAUUUGCUAAGUGAAAAUUUCAGAAGCCCAUCUGAGAGGCUACAUAUUGUCAUCCAACUAUAUGACAUUCUGAAAAGGUAAAACAGUAAAAAUACCAGUGGUUGCUAGAGGCUCAAAGGGAGAAAGUGUGGUAUGAAUAGCUGGAGGUCUUUUGGGAAAUGAAACUAUUCUGUAUGUACAUACAUAUAAAACAUACAAAAUGUACCACACUAAGUGAACUCUAAUAUGGAAUUUAGUUAAUAAUCUUUCAACAUUGAUUCAGCAUUCAUAACAAAUGUACAUGCUAAUGUAAGAUGGAAAUAACUGGGGAAAACUGGGGGAUGGAGUGGGCUAAGGGAUAUAUGGAAACUCUUACUUUUUGCUUUAUUUAUGUAAACCUAAAACUGAUCUAAACAAAAUAAAGUCUUAAUUUAACAUAA